AGCUGGCGAGGUAAAGCAUGAGAAACCAUCACAGGUUUAUUUUUCCUUCACUCCUAUUUUUUUUUCACUCUCGGGUCACCGGCCCAGGCCUGAGGGAUGAAGCUCGAAGCUCGUUCCGCUUCAGGGGUCAGUCUCCAUCAACUGGAGCUGAGGCGGGGGAAGUAGAGGGUCACCCACAAGUAACACUCGCCCGGCUCGGUAAAAAUACCUCCCAGCGCCGGUCUUCCGGGCAAACUGAAGUCGCCGGACCGGAAACCCCGCCCCCGCCGGAUGUGGAGAGGACGCGAGAUAGCCUGUCCAGAAGGAAGGUAAUUCUCCCGCUGGGGCCACUAAGAACCCAGUGCCUUGCGUGAGACCGGAAACAGGACGGGGGCGGGCCUUCCUGCCGGAAGUUGUCGUCCCGCAGUUGUUUCGGUUGGCAGUCUAGCUGGUAGGGGUAGUGCCGGCAACCUGAAGCAAGGAACUGCAUGCAGCGAGGGUUAGAAUUUCCAAGGCAGUUUAGAGCUGGGGACUGAGCUGCUGUGGUGCAGUCAGAUCAUGAGCCCGACCACGCCCUCGGGAGAGUGGUUCCUGAACCUGUGGGUGUCCCCCGCCGGGGUAUUUGGUGUGGCCUUCCUUGCCCGAGUGGCCCUGGUUUUCUAUGGGCUCUUCCAGGACCGGACCCUGCUCGUGAGGUAUACAGACAUCGACUACCAGGUCUUCACCGACGCCGCGCGUUUCGUCACGGAAGGGCGCUCCCCUUACCUGAGGGCGACGUACCGUUACACUCCGCUGCUGGGGUGGUUCCUCACUCCCAACAUCUAUCUCAAUGAACUCUUUGGAAAGUUUCUCUUCGUCAGCUUCGACCUCCUCACCGCCUACCUCGUAUACCGGCUACUGCUUCUUAAGGGGCUGGGUCGCCGCCAGGCUUGCGGUUACUGUGUCUUUUGGCUUCUUAACCCCCUACCUAUGGCGGUGUCCAGCCGAGGCAAUGCGGACUCAAUCGUCUCCUCCCUGGUGCUUAUGACCCUGUACCUAAUAGAAAAAAGGCUCGUCGCGUGUGCCGCUGUAUUCUAUGGUUUCGCAGUGCAUUUGAAGAUGUAUCCGGUGACCUAUAUCCUUCCCAUAGCACUCCACUUGCUUCCGGAACGCGACAGUGACGAAGGCCUCCGUCAAUCCCGGUAUUCUUCCCAGGCUCGUCUGUAUGAAUUCAUGAAGAGGCUGUGUAAUCGGGCUGUGCUGCUCUUCGUAGCCGUUGCUGGACUCACGUUUUUUGCCCUGAGCUUCGGUUUUUACUACAAAUAUGGUUGGGAGUUUUUGGAGCACACCUACCUUUAUCACCUGACCAGGCGGGAUAUCCGUCACAACUUCUCACCAUACUUCUACAUGCUGUAUUUGACCGCAGAGAGCAAGUGGAGUUUUUCCCUGGGAAUUGCUGCAUUCCUGCCACAAUUCAUCUUACUUUCAGCCGUGUCUUUCGCUUAUUACAGAGACCUUGCCUUUUGUUGUUUUCUUCAUACGUCUAUUUUUGUGACAUUUAACAAAGUCUGCACCUCCCAGUACUUUCUUUGGUACCUCUGCCUCCUGCCUCUUGUGAUGCCACUAGUGAGAAUGCCUUGGAGAAGAGCUGUGGUUCUCCUGAUGUUAUGGUUCAUAGGGCAGGCCUUAUGGCUGGCUCCUGCUUAUGUUCUUGAGUUUCAAGGAAAGAACACCUUUCUGUUUAUCUGGUUAGCUGGUUUGUUCUUCCUCCUUAUCAACUGUUCCAUUCUCAUUCAAAUCAUUUCCCAUUACGAGGAGGAACCCCUGACAGACAGAACCAAAUAUGACUGAUAGAUGCUCCAGUUCUUCUGCAACUUCCAUUCUGAUUGUUCUGGAUGGACCAAAGAGAGCUUUGGA